GAAUUUCAAUCCUAUCUCCAUCACCAACUCAUUCUCCUGCUUCGAUUCGAGCAAAUUCCGAACGAAAGUCUCAAUCUUUCUUUCUGGGUUCCUAAUUUAUCAACGGAACUAGCAAAGCAAUGAUCCACUAAAUUAUCUGCUCCCGUGGAUUCAGAGUAAAAGAAACAAUGAGUGUGACAUGCUUGAGCAAGAGUGCUAAUUCCGCAGCAGCAGUAACUGUAUGUUCUAUACGGAAACUCCCAUUUCUGUCUGUGUCUGAAUCGUUUCUUUGCCUGAAGAGUUCGAGAAAAUCCACGUUUCCUCCCUUAAGAUGUAGGCGGAGAUCAGAGUUGGAUUUGCUCUGCGGAAAAUUUAGAGUUUCUGCAUCAAAUGCUGUUGUUGGGUCCGGGAGCUAUGGUGGUGAGGAGGAUGGAUCUCAAAGUAGUUCCCUUGAUCAAUCUCAUGCUAAUCCAUCAGAAAGCCUAAAGCCUCAAGGGCCAUUCCCUUACUCUUUAUCAAUAGCUCUUGUACUACUGAGCUGCGGUCUAGUAUUUUCUCUAAUCACAUUUGUGAAGGGAGGACCUUCCACAGUUCUAGCAGCAGUAGCAAAGUCAGGCUUCACAGCAGCCUUCUCACUGAUAUUCGUUUCCGAGAUUGGAGACAAGACUUUUUUCAUUGCUGCUUUGUUGGCCAUGCAAUACGAAAAAACACUGGUCCUUUUAGGUUCAAUGGGAGCUUUAUCUUUGAUGACUAUCUUAUCGGUUGUUAUUGGGAAGAUAUUUCAAUCCGUGCCUGCUCAGUUUCAGACGACACUACCAAUAGGAGAAUAUGCUGCAAUUGCGCUUCUCAUGUUCUUUGGAUUGAAAUCCAUUAAGGACGCAUGGGAUCUUCCACAGGCUGAAGCCAAGAAUGGUGAGGAAAGUGGUAAAGAACUUGGUGAAUACACUGAAGCUGAGGAACUCGUAAAAGAAAAGGCGUCCAAAAAGCUUACAAACCCACUUGAAAUCCUCUGGAAAUCAUUCAGCCUCGUGUUUUUUGCGGAAUGGGGAGAUCGGUCAAUGCUCGCAACUGUUGCGCUCGGUGCUGCACAGGUUUGCUCAGCACCAUUCCACAACACCACAAGCUUUAGCUCACUAAACCUUAAAACAUCUUUCUUUUCACACUCUGUGUCACAGUCUCCAUGGGGAGUUGCAAGCGGAGCUAUUGCUGGACAUUUAGUGGCAACAUUGCUUGCAAUCAUGGGCGGCGCGUUCCUCGCCAACUAUAUUUCAGAGAAACUUGUCGGAUAUGUGGGUGGAGCUCUCUUCUUAGUUUUUGCUGCUGCCACAUUCUUCGGAGUGUUCUGAGUAAACCCGUGGCCUAUAGGAGAAGAAAGUAGCGGCUGAGCGACAUUGUUUGUUCCUAAAGUAUUCUUAUUGCUUAGUUUUUAGACCAAAGCAUGUGAGCAAUAAACACAGACCCUUCUUACUGUACUGUUGGUCUUCAAUUCCUAUGAAUAGGCAUGUUUGUUGUAUCAAUUCGUAUAAAAUUCAGGGCUUUUUUUGAACUGUUUCAACUAAUAGUUGUUGGAGUCAUCACAAGAAGGAAACAUUCUCAUUACACAAAUGUAAUCA